AUGAAGAAGAACGACGUUAUCGCCAUCAUCAUCAUCAUUCUCUUCAUCAUUCUCGCCGGUGUCUCAUUCGGCAUCUGGAAGCUUGUCUCAAUGGCGAAAAACCACAUGAGCGCAACAGGCUCAUCGAGCAGAAGCUCUAGCGAGAUCGCCGACUGA